AUGAAGGAAUUCCUUAGCAAAAAGAAGAAAUACAUAGAAGAGGAAACCAUUAAAGUGCAAGGGAGUUGUAGUGCCAUUAUUCAGAAAAAUCUUCCUCCAAAAUUCAAGGAUCCGGGUAGCUUCACCAUCCCCUGCACCAUUGGAAAUCAAGAUAUGGGGAAAGCUCUUGUUGACUUAGGGGCUAGCAUUAAUCUGAUGCCCCUAUCUAUGCUUAAAAAGAUUGGUGGCCUCGAAGCCAAGCCAACAAGGAUGACCUUGCAACUAGCAGAUAGCUCCAUCAAGUACCCUUAUGGCGUGGUGGAAGAUGUGGUGGUGCAAAUAGAUAAUCUUAAAUUCCCAGUUGAUUUUGUGGUGAUGGAAAUGGAGAAAGAUGAAGGGGUACCACUCAUUCUUGGGAGGCCAUUCAUGAAGACAACAAAGGUUGUUAUCAAUGUGGAUGAUGGAACGCUAAAAUUGAAAGACCAAGAUGAGGAGGUGACGUUCAAUGUUCUUGAAGCUGUUCAAGAACCGAUUGAUGAACAAAAUAGUCUUAAGGUCGUCAAUGAAGUCUUAUCUGUGACUAGUAGACCUUGGCAAGCUUCAAAGUUGCUUGAAAAGUGCUCUAAUUGUUUCUCUGCGAAAGUGAAUGAAGAGAAGGAAUAG